UAUGGUUCAUUCCAGGCACACCCCAUCUAAAUGAGGAUGGUUUGCCCCAUCCUUAGAGAACUUUAUACCCCUACAGGACUACAUCAGGGGAAAGACGGCGGUAAACAUAACAUCAGCCUGUUAUCCGGGACUCUCAUUCCACAACUCUCAGGUCGCGCAGAGCAGGCCGGCGGGCCGGGCCAAUGGAGCGGUGCGCCUGCGUGGAGAGGGAGCUGGACAAAGUGCUGCAGAAGUUCCUUUGCUACGGGCAGCAUUGCGAGCGAGGCCUGGAGGAGCUGCUGGUUUACGUCAGCCAGCUGAGGGAGGAGCUCAGCACUGCAGCCUUGCAACGGACACCUCUGUCUGCCACGCUGUCCCUGGUAAUGUCCCAGUGCUGUAAGAAGAUCAAGGACACUGUGCAGAAUCUAGCUUCAGAUCACAAAGACAUUCACAGCAGUAUUUCUAGGGUGGGCAAGGCAAUUGACAGGAAUUUUGAUGCGGAUUUAUGUGGCAUUGUUCCUGCAAUGGUCUGGGAGUCCCAAGAGAAGCAGAUCCUGGUGCUGGCUAUUAUAGAACACCUUUACCAACAAGGGAUGCUUGGAGUGGCUGAGGAGCUUUGUCAGGAAUCCACCAUGAAUGUAGAUGUAGAUUUCAAGAAGCCAUUUCUUGAACUUAACAGCAUACUAGAAGCUCUACACAAACAGGACCUGGAGCCAGCCUUGAGUUGGGCAAUAUUUCACAGACAGCAGCUGGCAGAACUGAACAGCUCUCUAGAGUUCCGGCUACAUCGACUCCACUUCAUCAGACUUCUUGCUGGUGGUCCAGGCAAGGAGCUGGAGGCCCUGAGCUAUGCUCGCCAUUUCCAGCCUUUUGCUCACCUACACCAGCAAGAGAUUCAGGUGAUGAUGGGCAGUCUGGUAUAUCUACGCCUGGGCCUAAAGAACUCUCCAUACAGGCACCUGCUAGAUGACAGCCACUGGACUGAGAUUUGUGAGACUUUCACUCGUGAUGCCUGUGCCCUGUUGGGCCUCUCAGUGGAGUCUCCCCUAAGUGUCAGCUUUGCUGCGGGAUGUGUAGCACUACCAGUGCUGAUGAACAUCAAGGCUGUGAUAGAGCAGAGACAGUGCACAGGUGUUUGGAGCCACAAGGAUGAGCUGCCUAUUGAGAUCGAGUUGGGGAUGAAGUGCUGGUAUCAUUCGGUCUUUGCGUGCCCUAUCUUGCGCCAGCAGACGACAGAUUCCAACCCACCCAUUAAGCUCAUCUGUGGACAUGUCAUCUCUCGCGAUGCUCUGAACAAACUCAUCAAUGGGGGGAAGCUGAAAUGUCCGUAUUGUCCUAUGGAGCAAAACCCAGCUGAUGGGAAACGCCUCAUCUUUUGAUAAUGACAUUCCUUGGAGGUGCUGCUGGGGAAACUGACAGUGGGAAUAAGCACCUUUUGGGACAGGCUUUGACGGGGAGGUCUUAUGUGCCUGCAGGAGUUGAUGUUGGCCUGCUGCACUAGCUCCUGUAGUCCUGAAAGCUGCUGCUUGCUCAGUGAGGCAGAACAGCAGCUUCCUGGGUCAGAGGAGAGUGGUUUCUUAUGGGUGCUGUAAGCUACAGCAAGUGAUUGUGUACACAUGGCACUA